AGAGCGAGCGCGUCGAGCCGGCGGUCGCGGUUAAGGCGGCCAUUGUUCGGCAGCAGCGGCGGCGGCGGCGUUGUCUCGUCGCGGUCUCUCUUGGUCGCGUUAGCAGCCUCACUCGCUCAGUCCCCCGACAUGGCGCAGUACAAGGGAGCCGCCAGCGAGGCUGGCAGGGCCAUGCAGCUGAUGAAGAAGCGCGAGCAGCAGAAGGAGCAGCUCGAAGCGCUAAAGAUAAGGAUCGCCGAGGAAAACUUGGCCAAGUCCAACAUUGACAGAAAAUUCUCAGCACAUUAUGAUGCAGUGGAAGCAGAACUCAAGUCAAGUACAGUGGGUCUGGUGACCCUGAAUGACAUGAAGGCGAGACAGGAAGCGCUUGUGAAAGAACGUGAGAAGCAGCUCGCCAAGAAGGAGCUUAGCAAGGAACUACUGCUGAAGCAGGAGCUGCAGCGUGAGAAGGAAAAGAAGAUGGAGCAGAAGAGAAAGAUCGCCAGCUUGUCGUUCAGUCUGAACGAUUGCGAGGAAGACGAUGAAGACUACAACAGCAGCCUCUCUGAUGAAGAAAUCGAGUACCCGGUGAAAAAGAAAAAAAUUGGAAAAAAUCCAGAUGUGGACACCAGCUUUCUUCCGGACCGGGGCAGGGAGGAGGAAGACAACAGAUUAAGAGAAGAACUGAGACAGGAGUGGGAGAGCCAGCAAGAGAAAAUAAAAAACGAGGAGAUCGUAAUCACCUACAGUUACUGGGAUGGCUCUGGGCACAGAAAGACUGUGCGGAUGAAGAAGGGAAACACCAUCCAGCAGUUCCUACAGAAGUGCCUAGAAAUGCUGCGGAAGGACUUCAGUGAGCUCAGAACUUCUGGAGUGGAACAGCUGAUGUAUAUCAAGGAGGAUUUGAUCAUCCCCCAUCAUUAUUCCUUUUACGAUUUCAUCGUGACUAAAGCCAGGGGCAAGAGUGGUCCGCUCUUCAGUUUUGAUGUUCACGAUGACAUUCGGUUGUUCAACGAUGCCACGGUGGAGAAGGAUGAGUCUCAUGCAGGCAAAGUGGUCCUGCGCUGCUGGUACGAGAAGAACAAGCACAUUUUCCCGGCGAGCCGUUGGGAGCCAUAUGACCCCGAGAAGAAGUGGGACAAGUACACGAUUCGAUGAUUUAUUUUGAGUUUUUCAUGGAGCCUGGGCCCCAGUGGAGAAUGGACGUUGCCAAGAGGAAAUAUUCAGAAGCUGCAGACUAUUCUCUCUACAGUCUUUCAAUACAUCACGCUAAUAUUUGCUGUUGUGAAAGUCCCUGAAUUGCUUAUGUAUAGAUUAAUUAAAUCAUGUAUAAAUUAGUCCACUUGUGUCAUAUAUGUAUUUGCUUUCAUUUGUAAAAUGUCAAAUAAAAUUUUAAUACCUCGU